CGGCGGCGGCAGCGCGCCUGCGCAGUGCAUCCAGGGGCUCGGCGGCGUUCGGUGCUGAAGUGGGGCGGAUGGCAGGAAAAACGGCGGCGAUGGACAUUACUCCGCGGGAUUCCCGUUUGCGAUGUCGCUGAAUAGACACCGGGACGUCGCGUUCUCGCUCCCGUCGUCCUCGGACACUGACAGCCCGGCGCGAAGCGAUGCUGUACUUUAAUUGGUCCAUCUACUCUCAAGUCCAUAAAUGACCCUUUCCCCGACAUCCGAGGAAGCCUAGGAUCCGACAUCCAGCGAAACAAACGGAGCACGUGAAAUAAGGAAACAAGGAGAGGAAGUUAUUCGUGCUUCGCCUCAGCUUUCGUGUCCCUUUCCGUGCCCGUCGGUCAGGGAUGGUGAGACCAGUAACUUCUCUUCUCUGUGGUGCAAAGAACCUCCUUCAUUGCCCCGCACCUCCAGCGAGCCAAACAGCCAGUGUGUCCGCCAAACCGACGCCCAGACAGUCAGCCACUCAGUCUCUCCGUCAACCAGCCUGCUAUCGUCCAGCAACCUAUUACCUCACGCCAUGAUUGCUCUGUCUGACCUGUUUUUAGAAACUCAGUAAUUCAUGCCCCGGAGUGUGAGCGGAGUGGAGAUGAGAAAAAGGCAGGCGGCUCAUAUCGAGGCCCCCCCACAGGCCCCUGGACAGCCCCGACCCAACACCUGCUGCCUCUGCUGGUGCGGCUGCUGCAAGUGUCUCUGGAAUGAAGACAGGAUGGAGAGGAGUGAACGACAGACCUGCACCAAGAUGGAUAGUAUUGAAGCUGCAGACGAACAAUGCCCCAGUCUGGAGGAGCUGCUGUCGUGGGCACGGAGCUUCGAGAUGAUGCUGCGCUCGUUGGAGGGCCGGGAGAUCUUCCGGGAGUUCCUGCGCUCGGAGUACAGCGAGGACAACCUGCUCUUCUGGUUGGCCUGUGAGGAGCUGAAGAAGGAGACGAAUCCCUCUGUGGUGGAUGAGAAGGCCAGGAUUAUAUACGAAGACUAUGUGUCCAUAUUAUCACCCAAAGAGGUGAGUCUGGACUCACGGGUCAGAGAAGGAAUAAACCAGAGUCUGGCUGAGCCCAGCAACCUGAUCUACGAGGAGGCCCAGCUCCAGAUCUACACCCUGAUGCAUCGCGACUCCUUUCCCCGUUUCCUCAACUCCUCCGUUUACAGAGACCUCCUGGCCAGCAGGAGGCGCACCUGCCUCGACCCCUAGACCCUCCCCACUCCUCCCUCAUUGCCAUCGUACACCAACGAGACUACUACUUAAACUUCAAAUACUACUAUGGUGCCAGAAGUCGGGUUUGGAAAAAAUCUCUCCCUUUUUUGAUUGAAAAGACUGAAUGACAUCCAAGAUAGCUGGUUGUUUUUUUAUUUAUAUUUUUUAAGCAAUUUAUAUCCAGUUCCUCACUGGAGCCAGGUCGGCCUUUGCUGGUUGGUUAUCGGUCAAUUUAAGACCUUUAAUGCUGGCCAGUGAUUGUUUCGCAGUUUGUGCUGUUUGUUUCGGUUGACGCUGGCCAACCCACGUGGGUUGAAACGGCCGACCCGUUGGCCAGCCGUCGCUCACCUGUGGACGAGGACUCCUCAGGCAGCGGGGACAGAAAAAGAGAGAGAGAUGAAAAAGGACAAGCCAACUGUUCCUGUACUGUAAUAUUUAGACCUCAUGCUUUCUACCCUCACUUCUAAAGUUCUCUCUCUUUACUCAUUCUCUCUCAUGUUUUAUUGUGUUUUUUCUAACUCUGUCCCAUUCCUCAGACAUGUUUGAUUUUUGUCUUGUUUUAAAUUUUUCUGUUCUAUCCAAACAUGACACCUAGUUGUUGGUGGGAUCUGGAGAGUCGGAGUUUCUGCCCAUUUAACCAGUAGAAGCACUGGCUCUGCAUGUAACUCUCUCUCUCUCGACAGUAGCUUGACGAUGUAAGCCGCGGACUGCAACUGUUUUUGAAUAUUGAGAUGUAUUAAGACAGGGACCUGUCUCUGCCUGGUUGUUUUUGUUCAGUGAAGGGAAGUACACUUCUGCCCAUUUUAAGCUUACUGCUGUUUUGUUGAUGAGGAGAUUUAAUGGCUUCUGCAGCAGAGGCAGCAGCAAAAGCACCUACCCAUCCAUCCGUCCGUCCAUCCAUCCGUCCAUCCAUUUAUCCGUCCGUCCAGGCACUUUCCUUCUUUAGGAUUCUUUAACUGGGAGAAGUAAGGGCUAGAAUUGUGGUUGGGCAGCUACAUGUGUUAUUACUACUCAUGAACUUUAGACAAAAACAAUCUCUUCACUGAGAAAAUCACAAUGCCUUUACAUGUGAGAAAAAGGCAGCACAAGCGCUGCUGGAGUUUUGCUGGAAAGCAACCACAGUUUGUCCAACGAUCCCUACCUCCCAUCCUUUUUUCCCUCCCCCUUCCUCCCUCCACCUCAGACCAUCACAGCCUGACAAGCACAGGUGCCCAAUGUGGGGGUGGAAGAUACCCCACCCCUGGAUAAAAUAAAAUAAAAAAACACAUUAACUCCAAAAAAGUCAUUUGCAUCUUGAAAUUCAUGAGCAGAAGAAAAGGGUUUUACUCUCUAGCGUUUCACCUUGAAUUGAGGAUUUUGGAAAACAAGCAGAUGCAGCAGGCACCGAUGUGAUUAAAAAGGGUCAUCGAGCCCCGGCCUUUGUCUGUAAGGCUCUAGCUUUAGAAGCUUUUGGUAAUAUGACACUCCUUCGAAGUUGAACGUCCAAUAUCUCAGUGCAGAAACGAGAACCAGGUGCCAAACACGAUGUCAAAGAUGCUGUGAAGAGACAUCAGGUGUGACUCGUCACCAGACUGUAGGGUCUCGCUCGUUGCGGUGCUCGUCCGAUCGUCCAGCAGAUGAAGUGAACGGUUCUCCUUCAGUUAGCUGCUGCCCGUGUGAGACACUUCUGAUUUGUUUCGUUACCAGAGCUAAUGAAAAAGGUUGGUGUAACAAUGCUAACAUGCUAGCCUUUUUUUUUUUUUCCCCCAGAAGGCUAACUAGGUGUCAGCAUGCUGUAGGCAAGCAGUUAGCAUGCUUGUGCUGGCCAUGCUAAUGGCCCAUCUCACUGCCAGCCCUCACACACACACACUCCGGUUUGUUUUUUCUAAUCUGACUUUGACAGCAUGCGAUGAUAACGGCUAAUGUGUGUGUGUGUGUGAGUGUGUGUGUGUGUGUGUAAGGAAAAAUUACACACUUAACAGAAAAAAAAAAUAGAAAAAAAAAACUUUAAGGGGGUCUUGCCAAAUGUCCCAUUAACAUUUUUAUUAUAUAAAAGGACAUUUAGUUUUUUGAUGAUGUGAACAUUUGAACAUGAACUUUGUUUCUGGCCUGUGGAUGUGCAGUAGAAAGUGCAUGAGUGCAGUAUAUGCUAUUUUUUUAAAUUAACUGGGCCUCCAAGUGUUUUCUUCACGCCACGCGAUGGAUAACCGUCUCGGUUCGGUGGUUAGUGCAGUCUUUAAAAGUGUCAAUGAAACAGUGCCACUCCUCACUGAUAAACGUAGGCAUCCGUGCUGCCACCACCUGUAACUACCUGAAGUUCACGUGCCAAGUUUGAUCUAAAUUCAGUUUAACAUUAGACGAUGCAGGAUGUCGAUUGAAGACGAUUGAAGUGUAAUUGGAUGUUUAGCAGUUAACGGUAAUAGGUUAUGGUCUAUUUGAGCCUGUGUCCUAAUAUGUUAGGUUGGUUUUGAAUCAUCUUGUAAAUUGCUGUUGUUAAAACCUUGUGAACCUGAUACUAAAAAAGCUUCAUGAUGAAUUAUUCAAGAAAGUUUAGUUAGCGAAAACAAAUAACUAAAUUAAUAAAACAACAUGAAAAAUAUACAUCCGUUUUGAGGAGUGUACGGUCCAUGGAAUUAUGGGAUUUUGAGUUUUCCUCCAUUUAUUCUCAUACUUAUACUAUUGAUGAAUCUGUCAGUUCAAAACCAAGCUAACAUAAUUCCCAAAAAAAACUUUCUGUCGCAAAGUUUUAGUUAUAAAUCAGUCAAAUUGUCUAAACCAAUAAUCAUUAACAGUUUUGCGAUGUUCUUUAUUGAUUGAAAAUAUACAAUAUUUAACCUUUGGCAAUACAGUACUCACAUUUCACUCUACAUUAAUAUCCAUAAGGGCUUGAUUGAUACUGCUUAGCUGCUUUAUUGAAGAGAGCUGUGCAUGCAUGCGCCCAGUUGAUCGGCAGCAGAAGAAUACAGUCGAUAACAAAUUCUGAAUCGAAAGGAUCAAAUUUUACAUUUAGUCCCUGGAGCAAGUUUUAAUUUGCAGGUAACAUGAGCGUUUUAGACGUUUGUAUUUGGACUAACUGUACGUUUGUCAGUAGAAAGCUCUUCUUGCAGACAGAUUUCUCCUCUGCACAGUUCAGCUCUGUUUCCUUGUCACUGAGUCUUUACAGUAAUUAACAUGAGAAUGUUUCACCAAGAACCAGAAAAUGAACUCAUGGUGCAAUUAAACCAAGUUUACAUUUAUAAAUUGUGAGAUGCGUGUACCUUAAUAAAAUACUCAUAAUAGUUGGGAGCUAAGUGUCCAGCAGAGGGGUCAGCAGGUUUCAGGCUGGAACCGUCGCUGCCCAGUGCUAAUGGACAUGUCACGAGAACCGGGAGUGUUUGAGAGGGAGGACGGACGCAGCAGGAAACCCAGCUUCCCUGCUUACAUCCUUCCUCUUAAGUUAUUGUGACUUUUACAUGGUUGGGGGAAAAGUCCACGGUUGUUUAUUUUUAAUAACUGAAUUUCAAAUGUGGAUUUUACAAGCAACGAUGAUGAUGUGAAGUGAUGUGUCAUCGCUGAGUUUAGAGUUUUGUCUUUAAAUUUCCAUGGGUUCCAGUCGAGUGGGUUUCUGGAAACGUGGCUGUUGGUUUUGUUGACUUAAAAAAAUAAUAAUAAGAUUGAGAGCUGAAGAGUCCUGAUGGGAUGGAAGAGGUUUGCGAAGCUUUGGCCUUACUGACACGUUUUUAUUUUUUUCCUUUGUAUAAAAAAAAAAAAAACAACAAACGUCUCUGUAGGCUUUUCACUACCUCUCAUGUUGGUUAAUUUAUUUCACAUCUAGUUGUCAAUGUACAAGUUGUUUUUACAUCUACUUGAAGCCUAACACUGUAAACAAAAUGUGCACAGAAAAAUGACUAUGUAUAUGACCAGAGGGGUUAAAGAGAGCGUGGCCUAGUCAACAUUAUUUUUUUGUUUGUAUGUAUGUUUGUUUUUAAUUGUGUUGAGCUGAAAUAGAUUUUGCAUCUCUAUAAAGUAUUCAGGAAUCCACUGUCUAAGGGCUAAUCCCAUUUUUGCCUAUGCAAAUCUGUUACUGUGGGCGAGUUGGGAAAGGGCGAGCUACCGCACCUUUCACCUGUUUUAGAUGGACCAUGGUUUACAUUGCCCUUUGCUGAUAUUCUUCAAUCUUACUCAGCAAAAAUGUACGCUUAUUUUUGUUUCUAUAUAAAUAUUAUAUAUAUAUAAAUAUAUAUAAAACAAGUAAUAUACAGAGAACAUAGUAUAUGCCUUCGUGAUGAUAAAAAAAAAGAAACCUUGCUGAAUACAAAUAAAUGUGUUGUUGUCUGACAUUAAGUGACUGUGUGCUGGAGUCUUGGUAAGAUGAUGUGGAUGACGGGAUUUUAAGAGACUGACUGAAAAGUUGACGAGCUGACUGUCAGGAAAGACUUUCAUUACUCGGGCUACAACACGAGUAGCUGAUCCUGUGCAGUGUUUCCUAACUGAGGGGUGAAAGACUUUAUUUAUUCAAGGAGCAAACACAUCAUGACUGUCUGUGACAAACAUUGUUAUUCAGCCCCAGCCUGUGAUCUAAAUAAGGUAUUUCGGGUCACCCAGUACUUGUCCAUGUCAUUUUUCACUGUAACACUUGGUCAUUUGAAAAGCAAGACUGUGUAACCUUUGCUAAAAGAAGCCGGUGACCAAACCAAACCGGCUGCAACGCCGACACAACUGAGUGUAAUGACACGGGCUACGUUUAACUGAUUUCACUGCAAAAGAGUUGGACUCUGUUAUUUCUUCAUGCGAAAGUUACAUGGUCUCACUUUGAAGGGCUGAGUUGAGCAAACCUGGAAACAAGCUGAGAUAUUGUUGGUAUCUGCCUUUGAGAUGUGCACUGUCCAUAGUCCCGUUUUAUAACCAGUAAUUCAUUAAUAAAAUCAAAAACAUUCCACUUACCAUGACAUUUUUUUUUUUUUUCUUUUCAAUUUUUCGGUGAUUAUCUUUUUGUCACUGGACACUGCACAGCUGUUGUGAACUUUAAAUAAGAGAAGAACGGCAACAUGUCAUCAGCAAACAGCAGCAACUUUGUUCCCUGUUCUUCUCGUUGUUUUUGUAGCCACAUCCAGACUCUCACUGUGUGAUUACAGUAGCGUUGAUGCCAACACAUCAGCAGAAGUUUCAUUUUUUUAAAUCAAAUAUUCCAUAAAUGCCAAAUGAGUCAAAAAAGUUGCUAGAGGACCAUUAAUUCCACUAUUUUUUUAUUCAUUAUUUUUACAGAAAAUUUAGCUCCUGAACUGAAAUAGAAAAAAGAAUACAAGAGUUGAUGUUGUACGUAUAUUUUUCCCACAAUUCCUCACAGCGUAUCUUGUGGCCAAGGGCAGACAGGUUUAUCCGCUGACGUUGGUUUGAAGCCUGACCUGAGUUUGUGUGUUGAAUUGGUGCCUCUUUAAACUUCACAUCAGACCUCAAUUUCUCUUUCUGUCUCGCUGUGUGUCUCACCUUCUCUCUCUCUCUCGGGCUCUCACUCCCUCCGUCUGGAACAUCACACUUGCAACACUGUUAAUUUAAGUCGGAGCCUAGACGCCCCCACUUGACAGCAAAAAUGGCUCUGAUGUUCGAUCCUCCUACGUGAACACUGACGCCCUCACACCGUCUCUUUCGUACCUCUUCCUGAGGUGUUUGUGCUACUUUGGGAAAGAGAUCAUGUUUGUGCAGGUACUGGUUGAAGUUGGCUCUCAACAGUUUUUAGGCAAUCACUUUUCUCUUUAUUGAUUUAGAUGCCUAAGCCUCUUUGGUUGUGUCACGCCUUUGUAGAUAGAUCACAAGUCGUUGAGAGAUGAUCCGCAGGUGAAAAUAUAAAAAAGAAUUUUUCUGUCACUUUAGGCAA